GUCUUUUGUUAAAAUCAGAGGGUGUUUCACGAAGAGCCGAGGCUGACGAUGGGGAAGCGUCGUCUGCUCUGAGAGUCUGACCGCAAAGAACGUUUCCCGUCAGGGUCACCAUUAAAAUACGGACAUCGAGUACGCGGAAAAGUUUUGCUUUGCAGGCAGGUUUUAUCCAGCUGGGACAUGUUUGCCACAGCAACCAAAAACUUCGUGGAGGAGGUGGAUAACGGGGGUUUGCUGAUCCCAGCGUCCAGCCUGAAUGACACCAUUGCUCUCCUGACAGUGGUGGUGAAGCACAAGCGUUUCUGGUUUUGGCAGAAGCCCAAGUAUCUUCCCACUGAUUUUAACUUUAAUGAUAUACUCGCAGGAGACAAACCUAUAAAACCAAGUGUCACAACGACAGACUUCAUCAAAUACAAUGGGACCUACGGUGGCAACAUUCAGGAAACUGUGAAUGCAAAUUUUGUCCACUCAAACAUAACCCUGGAGGGUAAAGAGUCUUCUAAACUCCAGUCAUCCUUUGGCAGUUUGAGUAAAGAGGAAGUGGAUGUGCAGAAGCUGCUGCGAGACUCCACGGACAGAAUUCUGGACAUGUCCCAUGGUCUGGUCCAGCAGACAAAGGAGAAGCACAGACAGGUGUUUGGGAUUGUGAAGGAGCGUAUUGUGACUAAUCAGCCCUGUUCAGUCAUAGAGGAAGUGCAGCAGGACGGACAGUGUGGAGGAGGACUGAUCUUAUGUGGCCCCAAGAACCCAAAGGUUUCAUUGAAGGAGAAUGGGCGUUUGAGUAAAGACAGUAACGUUACCAUGGAGAUUCCCAUCCAUGCUACCAUUGCCUAUUCCCUGUUAGAGCUAGAGAUCAAACAUGACGGACGCUACGAGCUGUGUCUGAUGUCAGACACCUCUGGAGGUUUCGAAGUAGAUGGUAGAGAUCCGGCGUGUGCCUCUGAAAACUGCCGCCUUAGAGAAGAGCUGGAGCAGCUGAAUGAUCAUUUCCAGCACCUUUCAGCUCUUCCUGUUACCACAAGGUCCUCUCUGCUCCAGCAAAUUACAAAAGUUAUGGAGGACAGAGGGUCCAUCAGUUCACUUCAGAAUGUGGUAAAAGAGCUAGACCAAAUGCUCCUAGGAAAGAGACCUGCCCUGGGUGAUGUUACAACGACACACUCUCAAAAACAAAACAUUCAAGCAAUUCUGGACCUUUUGGAGCUGUCUGGUCAGGCAGAGUCAGCUCAGGCAGACCAGUCCACAGAAGUCCUCAUAGCCCUUCACCUCAUUACCAGCGCCUUGGAUGAGAUGACAUAUGAUUGUCUUGCUGUCUUGGGAAUGUGCUGCAGCCUCACAGUGUUACAGGUUCUGGAGCAACUGGUGCAGUGUGUAUCUGAGAAGGGAGAAUUUCCUCUGAGCAGUGCAGGCUUAGCUGCACUGACAGAAGACGUCUAUGAAAAGACUGAAUAUCUGUUUGCCUCCUCUAACAUGUCCCUGAAGAGAGAUGGGGACACGGUGAAGAUGGAAAUAAACCACCAGCCAGGAAACCGUCCUCUGAUCCUGUGUAUCGCUAUUAGAGGUCUUGCCUCAUUGGCUCAAUGUGUUUAAACUUUAAAUCCACCAGAAACUUUAAUUACUACACUAGAGUGAGGUAAAGGGAAUAUCAUACGGUAUGUCAAGUGUAAUUUAUCAUUGUUUUUUAUUUGUUUUGGUGCAGUAGAAUUUCUUUUAAAACACCAUUGCUGUCUACUGUUGGGUAAAACAAUUUAAUAUAUUAAUUGCCAGACAAUUGUUGAUCCAGUACGAAUUGUGAACAACUUUGACAAUCGUUUAGGUCUUGGAGUUUGGACUGUUUGUUGGACAAAACAGGCAUUUGGAGUACCUCAAGUUUAUUGGAAAUUGUGAGGGAUAACUUUCACUGAUUUCUGAUUUUAUAGAAAAAACAAUCGUAAAAUGAUCAACUUUGAGAUAAUUCAAGUAAGGAAUAAUACCUUGCAAGUUGUUGCGUUACUAGGAGUUAAUCUACACCUUCAAGCCAGUCUAAGCCUAGAAUUUUCAGUGGUCAUGGUAUAAUAAAAAUAACCAUUAGCUGGAGUCUUAAAAAUAUACUAUUACAUGGUCACAACUAAAUUCACAUUCUUCGGUGUAGAACUAGAAUUUACAUUUUUUACUUGGUAUCUGGUGGUGGCAUCAGUACACAUACUACAAUGUUCAGAUUUUAGUCUGAAUGAAAAUGAAAGCGGAAGUGUUCAACGACCGGCCCCUGGUUCUUCAUAUGUGAUUUUGGGUAAUGCCACGACAGAUGAAUGUGCCUAGUAACUGAAAAAAUCACUUUUAUUAUUUUUCAUGUAAUAAUACUCCAUCUACAUUUGGCAAUGUCCUGAACACUUAAAAAACGCUUAAGUUUCAAAAUAUAUACUAAUUAUUUUAUGCAGAGACUGAUGUCAUGCUGUGGGGUAUCUUGGACUUUUUGUUCUUUGUGGCUUUAGGUUGUCUGUAAUAACUUACUUUAUUUUCCUCUGAAGCGUAUGGUGAUCAAAUAGUAAUCAAUUUUGAAAAUUGUGCAUAUUAAUUAACCACAGCAUUGUCCUCCAGAGAUGGAUGUUAGAAGCUUUUUUUUAAUGUUCCAACUACCAACCUCAUUCUGAUCCACUUAAGCACAUUGGACUAUUUGAUGUUCAUGCAGUUUGAUUGCACACAUCUCUAGUUUUAAUGUGCCUUUAAUUGUGGAGCACUACUUCUACGUUUUAUGUUGUGAGUCUGUCAGAGAACAAAAGUAACAAUAUUGAGAAUUCAUCAGCUACUUUUUUUACCUGUCAUUUUUGUGUGUUUAUCUCUGUGGUGAAAAUGAAAAACGGACUGAUCUUAA